AUGUCGAAGGAAUUCACCCUCUCGGAAAUCGCCGAGCACAACACCAAGAAUGACCUGUACAUGAUCGUCCACGACAAGGUGUACGACUGCGGUUCUUUCGUCGACGAGCACCCUGGUGGCGAGGAGGUUCUCCUCGAUGUCGCCGGCCAAGACGGCACGGAAGCCUUCGAGGACGUCGGCCACAGCGACGAGGCGCGUGAGAUUCUCGAAGGCCUCCUUGUUGGAACCGUGAAGCGCAUGCCCGGCGAUCCCGCCCCCCGCGCCCAGGCGCCUUCACAGUCCUCCUCGUCCUCUUCGUCGUCCUCUGGUGGAUUCGGAAUCGGUAUCUACGCUUUUCUCGUCAUCGGCGGUGCCCUCGCCUAUUUUGCUUUCCAGUAUACGCAGGCUGCUAGCCAGGAGCAGUAG